CCUGUUUAUUCUCCGUGAGGUUCAUGUGUUAUUGUUACACGUGCAUUCUCUGACUGACCCUCUUAAACACAGCAGGGACAUCUGGGCUAUAAAGAAUGAAUAAGAGCCCUAGCGAGGCCUGAAGAAAAGGAAUGCGUCAUUUCAUCACUGGCAUUCAAAGUAUUUAUGUGCAUGACCUUGGAAGGAGAUAAAACCACCUGAGAGGGUUAUCAUUAGUUCCUCCUCAUCCUCAGCUUAAUGCUCCCGGUAUGUUGUGAUGAAAUUUGUGUAUUUUUCUGACUGGACCCCGCUGCAGAACUAAAUGAGAUGAUGUAUUAGGGGCUGUACAGCCCCAAAAGACCUUCAAGGUUUUCCAUCAGGGAUGUGUCUCUGCACGCUUGGGGGGCAUAUUUAUUCCCAAAGAAGUAUUUGUGAAUUUGAAUAAUACAGCCACGGUAGCACAACAGCGUAUUGCUUUAAUAAAGCCUACCAGCUCCCAGCUAUUUCUGCAUCCUCCUUCACAGCUCACCUACAGCAACACGCAGAACCUGGCGGCUGCCAGCUGCAGCGAGGCCAGUACCAGGGGCCAGAUCUCGCAGUUGGCCGCCCCUGCUCCAAACAGAGGAGUCGGGAGAGAGGAGUACCAAGGCGGUGGCUUUCCCGGGGAAGAACCCAAGUGCAGGGACUACGUGACUUGCCCCGGACACCGCAGAAGCUCAUGUCAGAGCCCAGAGCUCCCACAUCCCAAGCCUGACCUCGUGUCACGCCCUCGCCCCGUGCAUGAGAGCGCUCUGGAAGACGCCGCUUGUUUUUCUCCCGUCUGUUCCAGAGAAAUCCAGCUGGUAGAGGAGCGCGGCGCCGUGAUUUAUUUGAGAACUCCCUCGUACUCGCCCGAAGGUCUCGCCGCUGGGGGAGGAGGGAGAGCGGGAGGCUGCGCUGCUCGAGCCCGGCACCCAGCGCCCCGCACCCGCGGACCCGCUCCGCACCGCACCGCACGGAGGGGCAACGGGCAGCGCGGGCACCCGGCGGCGGCAGCAGCAGCGCCCGGCGGAGGCAGCGCCGAUAACCCACCGGCAACCACCCACCCCAGGCGGGUCGGGGAUGGAAUAUACAAAAACACAAAGGAAAAGUGGCUGGACUGUUCUGGGUGCAAAAUGCUGGAAGUUUGUAAGUGCAACUCUCCGUUUGUAAUUACUGUCUGAAGAGGGGCUGGCUUUUUUUUUUUGCUUUUUUUUUUUUUCCCCCCCCGUGCUUUUCUUGAAACUGUACUUGAAACUAUUCAAUAUCUGGGAGUUAUAAGGGAAAGUACGCGAGAGGAGUUCUUUGCCUGGGUUCGUAGCUUGCUGCUUUAUUACUAAGGGGGGAAAUAAGCACUGAAGGCAGUACGGAUUUUAUCCAGUGGCUGGAUUAACUGAAGGCGAAGCGUGGUCUGGAAGUCCACUGACUGACAUUGUUCCGGACCGGGGGAUCCGUCUCUCGUAUUUUUAGAGGAACUACAAUUUAGCGGCAGUCGGACACAGUAAUAAACCGAAGAGCGGCUAGCAAAGAGCGGGCGAGAGAAACGAGAAAGCACAAAGACUAAACUAACCCGAGCCUCCUCCUCCUCCUUCCCCGGCUCUUUAUUCGCACAUUUACUAAAGACUUUUUUUUCUAAAAAAAAAAACCAACAAACCCCACUCCGCCAAAUUUUUGGUCCGCCGGGGGGCUUCUCCGUGCCGCCGAGCACGGCAAUGCCUUGAAUUUCCACUUCAAGGAAUAACCCCCCCGCCCCGCUCCCCCGAAAUAAAAUAAAAUCAAUAAACCUGCCAAGUCUCACUCAUUCCCGAGGGAGAUCUCCUUCAUCCAGGGAUUCCUUUCGGAGGCAGAGGCUCGCUUUAUUAUUUUUUUUUUCCGCCCUCCUCCCCCGGCGGAGCCCCCCGUGUGUCCGUCCCGUCCCCCCCCCGCGUCCCACCUCCCCGGGCGCCCUUUCCGCCCCCGCGGAGCCCCUCGGCGGGGGCUGCCCGGCCCCGACCCCCGGCCGAUGCUGGCACAACCGUAGCGGCCGCCGGACGCCCUCGUCCCACCCCCGAUCUGUCAAAGCCCCCGCGGGGCCGUCACCGCCCGGGGGGCCGGGUGGGGGUGGGCUGGGGGCGCGGGGCUGACCGCCCUCCGCCCCGCCGCCAGCCCCCGGGCUCGGGCUCCCGCCGCUGCCCCCGCCUCCCCCCCCCUCUCUUCCCCCCCCCCCCCCCACCCUCCAUGCGGCAGUGAGGACCGACCCAUCCGGAGGGCCAGGACCGGCAGCCAGCGAUGGGCGACACGGCUCCCCCCCAGGCCGCGGGGCUGGGGGCCGGGCUGCUGGGGGGGGGCCCGGCGGCGCCCCGGGUGCACAGCGCCAUCGUGGAGCGGCUGCGGGCCCGCAUCGCCGUCUGCCGCCAGCACCACCUCAGCUGCGAGGGCCGCUACGAGCGCGGCCGCGCCGAGAGCUCCGACCGCGAGCGGGAGAGCACCUUGCAGCUCCUCCACCUGGUGCAGCAGGGGCAGGGAGCCCGCAAGGCCGCCAAGCACCCCAAGGCGGCGGCGGCGGCGGCCACCGGCGGCGGAUCGACCGCCGCCGCCGCGCCCCCGGACUACCACCAGCACCUCCUCAGCAACGGCGGCAUCAACGGGGAGCAGCCGGCGGGGGAGCAGCGCGCCUCGGCCCUCCUGGCGCUCCAAGGCUCCUUGAAGAGAAAGUUGGUGGUAAAUCUGUCGCCGGUCAACAACAAGAGGCCCAAUGGUGUUUCAGAGAGCUCUUUCCUUGACAUUAAGAGGAUAAGAGUGGGUGAUAAUAUCUCAGUGGGACAAGGUGGACAACAUGUUAACAAUUGCCAAAGCCAGUCAAUGUCAGGAACUAUGUCUGUGGGGCAAGGAUCACAAAGAAAGGCCAGCAACCUAGCAAACAAUACACAUGCUAGUGGGAACGGCAUGUUUAAUAUGGCUUUGAAAGAGGUAAAGAAAGAACCAGGGGAAACGAUGUCCUGCAGCAAACACUUAGAUAGCCAGACGUCCCAUGAGAACAUGUUUCCUAACAGAUACGGGGAAGACUCGUGGGAACAAAUGAUGGAUCUGGAGCUUCAAGAAUUGUUUAAUGAACUGACUAACAUAUCAGUGCCACCAAUGAGUGAUCUUGAGCUAGAGAAUAUGAUAAAUGCCACAAUAAAACAAGAUGAGCCAUUCAACAUCGACCUUGGGCAGCAAAGCCAGAGGGGCCCUGUGAGAUCCCUGCAGAUGGAUAAGAUGGUGAUAAAGAGUGAAUAUGCACCAGGCAUGAAUCAGGCGCCUGUGGGCUCCCCACAGAUGAGGCCUUCUUCUACAGGUCCAGCCUUCACUAUGGCCACCGCUGCCAUGUCCACCUCUUCACCCAUCCCUUCGGUCCCUCAGAGUCAAACACAGGUAUCGCAGGUUUCUUCUGCGUCCAGUCGGCCAUUGCCUAACUGGCAGGAGGUCUCUCAUGCACAGCAGCUCAAACAGAUUGCAGCCAACCGGCAGCAGCAUGCCUUGAUUCAGCAGCAACAGCAGCAGCAGAACCAGACGGCCAGCUGGUCCACCUUGUCUCCAUCAGGACCUUCCCCUGGACCCUUUGUGCAAGAGAAAAUCCCCAGUCCUUCUUUUCGCCAGCAGCAGUUCAGCCCACAAAGCUCAGCAAUGCUUGGGGUACCAGUGAAUGGAAACCAGUCGAAAGGGAUGAACAACUACGUUUAUAAACCAACCACUCCCCAGAGCAAUCCCAUGGACAUAAUCAUGCAACAGAAGCCUCAGGACCUCAACAGAAACUUUAUCAACAGCGCUCAGCCACCACUAGAGCAGCAUCAUGGCAACACAAAGCCCUUGUUUCACUUUAACUCAGAGCAAACAAACCAGCAGAUGCCUUCAGUUUUGGGUUCCCAAAACAAGCCUGCCCUUCUGCACUACACGCAGCAGGCACAGGGUUCAGCCCCUGUGCAACAGCCACAGCAACAGCAGCAGCAACAGCCGCCGCCGCAGCCUGCUCAGCCUCUCUCCAACCAGUCUCUUCAAAGGCCACCUAACGUACCCCUAGCAAUGCAGCAAAAAAUGAUGCUUCAGAAAAUGCAGCAGAGCCAGCAAAUCUCAGGUUUGCAGUAUCCAGUCUCUCAGCAGCAUAGACAGGAUCAACACUCUGUGGUAGGCCAGGGAGCUGGCCCCACUCCAAGCUCCAGUUCUUGCUCAAAUCCAAACACUGGAAGUGGUUACAUGAACUCAUCCCAGCAAUCAAUGUUGAAUCAGCAACUGAUGGAAAAGAAACAGGCUCUGCAACGGCAAAUGAUGGAGCAAAAACAACUCCUUCUACAGCAGCAGAUGUUGGCAGAAGCCGAGAAAAUCACUCCACAAGAUCAGCUGAACAGACACUUGACGCGACCACCACCAGAUUAUAAAGACCAAAGAAGGAACGUGGUCAACAUGCAACAAGCAAAUCAAUAUUCUGGUGCUUCACCGGCGGUGACUUUGAGCUCCAACAACAUGUCCUUAUCCAACCCAAUUUCAACUCAUAGCAUCAUGCCCCAGAGCUCCAGCCUCAUGUCCACUCUGGCUGGGACCCGAAUGCCUUCUGUUCCUGCCACUCGGAGUAUGGGCUGCUAUGGGAACGUUCCUUGCAACCAACCAAGCACAUACAACGUGACUUCAGGAAUGAACCAAAUGCAGCCACACAGAAACCAAAAUCAAGUCCUGCCCAGCCAGAAUAACCCCGUGAUGUCUCGACAGCAAACCAUGACACAGGGAAACAAUGUAACGGCUUUUGGGACAGGGUCAGUGGUCAACUCGCAGCAAGUAAGGCCAAGCUUGAACCAUGGAGCCACAGGUAUCCCCGCACAAAGGCCAGCCAACGUGAUGAUCACGGCUACUGCCACUGCCCAGAACUGGGCCUCGCAAGAAGCUGCAGUGAAGCAGCAGGAUGCACUGAAACCCACAGGGGUCCGUUUCCCCACCGGCACUCCAUAUCCUAACCAGUCUUUGCAACGCAAUGUAGGCAACCAGCAUUUUCCUCAGCGUGCAUUGGCACCUCCUAAUCAGUUAACAGCGGGAGUCCAAAUGAGGCCUCCUCUAAACCAAAUGCACCAGACUCUGAAUGGACAAUCUGCUGGCUCACUACGAGGUCUCAGCAUAAGACCCAACCAGCUGAGAGGACAAACUGUGCCUACCUUGAAUCAGCCAGGAACAAGUAUGACACCUCCAUCAUCUCUGACAUCAACCAGUUUCACAUCUACCAACCAAAACUCUCGGGCUUACCAAGGAAGUGACCAUGGUAAUGACCUAGCGUUUGACUUUCUGAACCAGCAAGGUGACAGUAUAGGACCUGCGCUCAACAGUGACUCAGACUUUAUAGAUUCUUUACUGAAAACGGAACCUGGUAACGAUGACUGGAUGAAAGACAUCAAUCUCGAUGAAAUCUUGGGGAACCACUCAUAAGUGACAGUACCAAGGGUGAACCAGAUGAAGAGGCAGUUACGGACGCUAGCUUUCUCUUUACAUGCCAACAACCUGCUUUAUUAAUUUACACUCCAGUAACUGGGCUGUCCUUUAAAAUACCGUGGAGGGCAACUGCCCGGUUUGAAGAGUUGCUCUAGGAACAAAACUGAAGUCUCCCCUGAUGAAAUGACAAUGUAAGCGAUGCUCGUGCCUGCCGCAAAGGAGUGAGAACGUGUGAAGGGCCUGUUCCCCACAUCGGUGCCCAGCACAUUGCAAACCCAUCAGUUUUUCUCAUGGGAGCUGCAUGGAAAAAUGUGUUUAGCUUCCCACACGUGCAAGCACCAGACAGUGGUAUGGGUUGUGGAACAUCAUUUAUCCGAGUGCAAGUAAGAGCCCAAGUGGUCCAGAGCUCUUCAGUCAUCGUGUUCGCAGCCCUUAACUUCCUUGGGACUAUCAGCCCGGACAGCAUCAGGCCCUGUGUAAAUCUCAUUGCAUUACAAAAACUGUUUACUUCUACACAGUACAAACUCACAUUUGCUUUUCCAAUGAUUUUGGUUUAAAACCUCUGUUUUGUAGCACACAAAAGGGUAACUGGUCUCAUCCAAGGGAAGAAGGAAACAUCAUCCAGUGCGUUACUUGGUGUGCUCUAGCCUUUGCUUUCUCCCUUUCAUCGGUGCUUGCAGUGACUAUCAGAGGACGCUACUGUCCUGCCAGCAGCACAAUCAUUUUCGGCAUUGAGGGAAACAUGAGAUGAACUACACCAAAGCUCAGGAUCCUCACUUUGCCACCUUGCCCUACCACAGAGACUCCUGUGACUUAAUGGACAACUUAAGUGAGAAGGGUGCUCACGAUUUGACCCUCACUGACUACUUUCCUAGUCCAGCUUAGAGGAGGGCAAAUGCAUGAAGUGGCUCAACUAAGCCACAAUCCUCACUUUCAUCUUAACCCAUGGCGAGUGUCAGGUAGUUCAGCCCGGUCCUCUUCUGUCGAACAGGUUCACUCCAGCAGAAAUGGUAGCAUCUCUGUCUGGGGAGAGGCUACCGCUUUGAUUGCACAGCAUUUUGGCUCCAUUCCGCUUUCCUGAAAGAGGUCCAGUGAUGACCCAUGUCCCCACAACCUUGAACAGGCAGAGUAGAAGAGGUGCCACCCCUGAAACUAGCAUGUAGCUCAGUUAUAACCACCUGGGCUACUCGCAGUAGGAGGCUCCAUUCAGCCACAUCUGUGCUUGUAAAUGAAAGAGUUUGGGGGAAUAUUUCUGGGCACUGGACUCAUUCAUCUGUUCUGGGUUUGGGGAUGGCCCAGCUAACAUUGCCCUGACAACUUCUGUGCAUCACUAAGGAGUUAACCUGGGGCAAGAACCAUUCCCAUAGACAAUUUGCCACCUUGCCUUAGAGCCUAACAGAGCAGAGCAGUAAGGAUACAGAUUGUUCCACACCGCUUGACCUAAGUGCCGGGGAAGAGUCUUGACCAUAUUAAAUUUUCUCCUAUAGACGUGGUCAGUGUAGGGCAUCAGACGGAGGUGCCGUGUGACUAUAAAGCAGCUCCGCAGAGAGUCAGACGGGAGGAUUCAUAGAUGGGAACAGAUCUUGCAAUUCAAAUGAAAGGGCUGUUCUUUAAAAUGAUGUGGUGCGACGUGUUUCACAGCCUCCUCUGAAUUAGCUAAAACGAGAUGUGGCAAAGGAAUACAAUGCCUACGUCCACAUGCCUCGGUGCCAAGAGGCAUCGCUCUACCCCGUGCAAGUGCUUUAUUCAUCCUUGUUAGUGGCAGUGGGAUGAGUAGACUACUUGACAAUAGCCUCUGCGCUUAUCUGACCUAUUUCUCAAGAGAGGUUUUAUUUAAUCAGGGUUCUCCAGUCAUUUCACCCUGUCAUUUCACGUGGGCGCAAUUUUUCAUGAUGUUUCGGGAAGCAUCGUCACGCACACAAGCACCAGCACCUCCAGGACAGGUGUAACGCGGGCAUUUAGCUAGAUAUGCCAGUUGAGGCGUGCUGGGCCAUGAUGCUGGUCAUUCCCAGACAUGUUUUUCGUAAGAGGGACGAGAAAGGCUGCUGAAGAGUCCCUUCUGCUACCCAGGCUAGCGAUCGUUGCACAGCCGUGCAUUGUGUAACGCGGUGGCUCAGCUGCCCAGAAACCUCCCUCUUCUCCCCUGUUUUGCCUGGGGUGCAUGCGGUCUCUUUGAUAUGCCAGUACAAAUUUUUCCAAGUCUUUAGAAGAGCUUUUCAGCCCAGGCCUCUGGCGCCCCGCAUACGUUUGGAGAGUUUUGUUCUUGGUAGGAACAGGCGACUGCGAUGCCACUAAGGCCGAGGUUGAGUUAGUGUCAUCAUGAGCAAUGGGCACUGAAGCCGGGUAACUUCAACUACCCUCACACGCCAUUGAAAAAGCCACCACUGGUUUCUGUAUUAAGACCAGAUUGUUUUCCAGAUCCUCAAAUGAUGUAAAAAAAUAGUUCAGCUGAGGAGCUGGUCCCGAGACUUCAGGGUAUCAUCCGGUGGUGGAUUCAGUGCUGAGCUUUGUCCCGUCGGCCUCAGUCUGGAGUGGAGAAGACACUGGGCUGUGAGUGCCAUCCUCGGGGUCAAAAUUUCAUCCUGUCUUAAGUAAAUCCAGCAAGGGGGGAGGCCAUUCGCAGUCCUGUAAAGAUAUGCCUGAUGCAUUUGAAAUGCGAGCUUGUGAAAGACUCCUGCAACCAAAACUUGAAUCCGAUAUCAUUUCUUCAGAACACUUGGAUCUGAACAGAGCUAGUGUCUUUUUUCUCUUUCUUUGCAAUGGCUAAGUGCACUACCCUUAUAGUCUAUUUUUCAUCAUCGACCGGGCACUCUUCGCAGUAUUGGGUUGUAAAUAUAAAGAAUUAUUUGUUUUGUAAACUUUUGUAAAAAAAAACAAAACAAAAAGUAAUAAUAUUUUGGUAGAAAUAAUAAAAAAUCAUAUUAUUUGGGUUAUAUUUAUACAUAUGUGAAAUAAAUAUACUAUCAAAAAGUUGUAUUUUAUACAAAAAGUCAGCGGUUACCUUUUGUAUUCUAUAUACAAAGUUUUGUAUGAUACGAUUGUUUAUUUUUAUCUGCAGACUUCAACUUUGGAUUUUGGGGGAGGGCAGAACGGGAUCGUGGUUAAAUAGCUGGGCCUGACCCCAAGCUCGCUGAAACCAAUGGAGUCUUUCCAUUGCCUUCACAGGGCUUUGAAUCAAGCCUUUAAGUCACCUUCAGAUACCUUUGACAUCUGAAGCUCUCUGGAAACCUCAACAUGAAAACAUUCCAGGUUUCAAAUUUUUUCCCUGAAAAAGGCUUUUAUUAUUAUUAUUAUUAUUGUUAUUAUUAUUGUAACUCUUGGGAGGCAGGUGGGACCUAUGUAACUGUCAUGUCCUUGUUGCAUGUAUGUCUGCUUUAUAUUUUCCCCAUAUUAUAAACCAGUGUUUCUCUAUACAGACUGAAAGGAGAAGUUGCUGUACAGAAAUGUUUGUGUUUAUGCAUUUUUACAUGUGGCUGUAUAUACCUCCUAGUACUAUGCAGUGACACUUAUUUGACUCCAUUUAUUUUUCACCUAAACAUGAAUAGUAUGUUUUUCAGUAGCUAUCAAAACUCUGCCAA